AUGCCUCCAAAAGGAAUAGAUAUAAGGAAUAAAUGCCCUAAUAACGAAACGGGUAGUGCAGGUCCAUGUCAGGACGAUAAUCGAAUUGAGGUCAAAGGAGGAACUCUUAAAGGUACCAAUUACGAAUAUUGUACCCACAGUUGGAAAAAUUCUAUAUGGAUAAUCAAUCCUAAUUAUGGUGGAAGACUUCUUAAGAUAGAAGAGGGUGUCGGUGGAAAGCCUACUUCAUUUAAUAUUAGAAAUCCAGUGGUGUGGGAGAUAACAACUUACUAUCACAAAGACUAUGACAAAAAUGCAAGUUUUAUAAAAGCUCCUCUUGUACUCAGAAUAAAUAAUGCUAGAUAUGGAGACCAUUAUGAGUGGUACGAGAAUGCCGGAGAUGGUAUAAAAUGGAAGAAGAUUGAUACUGCAGAUGGAUUUCCCAAAAAUAACAAGAAUCCUGUGAACCAAAACUUUACUGAGAAGCUGAAUAAGCUCGCUUGCCAACUGCACAGACUACACAGACUGAAUUUGUAUAAAAAAGAUAUAGAUCCUCCUUAUAACUGUCCCAUUUGUAAAAAUGCAAGAGUUACCGUUCAACAAGAAUCUAAAAUUAAGGAUGUUUACUCCAGGUUUAAACAUAUUCUAACAGAAGAUGGAAAAUACUGUGUUUACUAUAAAGAUGCUCUCAUUAAAUACCAAGAAUCCAGCAGCGGGAAAUUUACAGCAUUAGAAGUCACCAAUAAAAAUCACAUAUAUGUUUACUAUUGGGAUGGUGACAUUGAUCAUAUAAAUCCUCUGUUGAUAGAAGUUAAACUGUCUACAGUAAAGUCUAAUUGGUAUGAAAAUGCUAGAUAUGGUGAUGAUAAAAAUGACAAAUGGAGGAAGUUGGAAGAUGCUAUAAAUCUAUCUUCUCCUGAAAACCUUAAGGAUAAACUUGACAUUCUCAGUUGCAUGUUUAAUGGAACGGUUAGGAUAAAAUUGGGAUUGACUUCAAAUUGCCAUAAUACCAGGGACGGUCGACACAAGGAUAAACUGAAGAGUUGUGUCAAUGGUAUUUUUCACAAAGAACUUUCCAUCUCUUUCUGUGAGUAUACACCGCGUGAAGUCUCUGGAAGUGAUUCAUUCCAUGUCGCAGAAAUUCUUCUUGGAGGUGCUAGACAGACUUUCCCAGGAGGUACUUCAUUAAAGGGUGUUACUAAAGUCUCCUCAUAUGAAUCAAAAUGUAGUCCUGGGGUUCCAUUCCUGCUUUGCAUAGAAACUGGAACUACUAGUAAGAAAUAUCAAUGGUAUUGGAAAGAAGAGAAAGGGGAUAAAUGGAAAGAGUGCCCAAAAAUCUCUUCUGAAAAAUCUCCUGAGAAUUCUAAAGGUGAAAUUGAAACUAUUUUCUCAGUUGUAAAAGGUCCUCUUAAAAUAACACAAUGCAAACCAUCUAGACCUCUUUCAGGUGGUAUCCAGAUGGAUAUUAAACGGCAGCCAACUGGCGAUAAACCUUAUGAUAUGUACAAAGCUAAUUCCAGUCCCGGAAACGUUCCAAUAGCUCUAGUUAAAACACUUGAUUCACCUGUGCGCGGUUUCUUCAGAGUUACACACACUGCAAACAUGGCGACGGGAUCCUUUACACUAAGCGGUACUCUGGUAGGCGGAGAUGGCAUAAGAGGGAUAAGCAAUCCUAUAGAUAGUGUCUCAGUAUAUUACUGGAACAGUAAUGAUCAGACCCCAAUAUUGCUUGAAAUUAAUGAUACAAACGGCAAUACCAAAUACUAUUCCUACGCUGACAAUUAUACUGUAAGCGUACGAAGAAAUGGGAUUUGGGCACAACGUGGUUACGAGAGCCUAAAACAUACAGAUUUGGAGGAAAUGCUUGAUGACCAAAACUGCCAUAGAAAUAUUACCAUACCAAUUGAUCUAAAGGAUCCUGCCAAUCUCAAACCAUUUUACAAGACAAUUGAGAAAAAAGCCACUCCAUACCUUAGGAAUAAACGUGUAACUCCCGGAACUUCACCAAAUCUUCCUAGAGGAGCUAAAAGGGACUAUGAAAUAGAAAUAUGCAAUGUAAAAAAUGAAAUCUCCAGAGUUACAUAUGGUGGAAAAGAGAUUACUGGUAUUGAGCCUCCCAGAGGCAAAUCUUCUGAGUUGAGGAAAUAUAAAUGGAAACAUGCACCCGAUACAGAUAGUAAAGUACCUCUUUUAGUUGAGUUCAUUAGUAGUGGUAAAUCAUCCUGGUAUGAGAAUCUUGACAAAGAUAGUCUUACAUGGGCAUCAAUUGGGGAUGAUGAAGAUGUUAAAAUCUUUUAUAGCGGUCACCCUCCACAGGGUCCAUUCACUGAGGAACUUACAGAGAAGCUGGAUGAGGUGAGCUGUAGAGUCCAUCACACUGUCGGGAUAGAUAUAUCUAGGAAGAAUACUGGAAGGUCGUAUUGUCACAGUGAAUGUUAUCCAAAAAAGAUCAAGGUUACCCAUCUCAAGAAUCCUAGACUUCCUGACUACAAUAUUUAUGAACACUCUCCUGCCCCAACAGGUCAGAAGACCUUUACAGUGACCUCCAUAGUGUAUGGGAACAAAGAACAGGCACUUGAACAAAGUAAUCUCACGUUUCCUCUAAGAGAAGUUUCGAAGGUCAUUGUCUACUUUCCAGUUUGCAAUGGAGAUCAUCCAGUUGCAAUACGUGUUGAGCGCAAUGGAGAGAGUGCUACAUGGCUUAAAAAUGAAAGUGGAGAGUGGAUGCAGUUUAAUCCAAAGGAUGAUAUCAUAGAAACUCUAAAUCAAGCCACAAGUGGUCUAAACUUAUGUCCAGCAUACCCUAAACCGCGGCCACAACAAGGAGAUGUUAAUGGUACUGAAGAUAUUAAAUCAGACGAAGAAGAUGAAGAUAACAAUGGUGGGGAGAGAUCUACAGGAGUAGACCAAGCUGCUCCUCAACCUAUUCUUCAAGGUGAAGAUGAAUCUGCUCAACCUCAAACUUCUGUCCAACAAGCUGUUGCUCAAGCUCAAAAGGUCUCAGACCCUAUUCCUGGAUCUCUUCCUCGUGAAACUCCUCCAGACCAUCAUGACUCUAAUAAUCCUUUUUGGACUAUUGAAAAGACUAUCCCUACUGUCUCUUCUGUUCUAGAGCUGCUCCAAAAGCAGUGUGCCCAGGCAAAGAGAGACUUAGAAGACAACAAGACAGAGUACAGCUUGAUCGUAUCCGAACUUAAAGAGAGAUAUGUAGCCCUGGAAAACAUUUUACACGAGAAUCAAGAACAGCUAAGAGAGAGUGAGGCAAAUUUGGCGCGGAAAGAUUCUCAAAUUAGUGCAAUGAAUUCUGAACUUAUCGCAAAAUCGGAAACUAUAGAAAAACUGACAAAGAGAAUGGAAUAUCUGAACAAUUACUACAAGGACUCAUUAGAAAAUAAGUAUCGUGAUGAAAAGUUAAAGUUUGACCUACAGCGAUUUAGUCUACUCAAUUGCAACAAUAUAUAUUUGCAAUGUAAUAAUCUAAAUUCAGAUGGAGUUACAAUUUUGGAGUUCUCAACAAAGACAAUUGAUUUAUUUUCUGCCUUUUUCAGAUCAUGGAAAGAGGCGCUCAGAACCGUUGAAUACUCACAAGUUGUCACAGAUUCCGCCCUUAUAACUGAACUUAAGAAUUCUUUUGCAAUUUCUGAAUCAAGUAGUUCAGGUGAUGAAACUAUGGAGAAUAAUUCUUCAGCAGAAACCUCUCCGAAAUGCUUGGAAUUAUGCCACAAAAUUGACAAACAUUUGGAAGCGAUGCUGGAGAUCUUCAAACGGAUGACGGAGAAGACACACUCAUUUCCUUGGCAUUCACAGAUGCCAAAGCUCAUUAGUCAUACCAAAUCAUUCGUUAGGCUCCAACGGAUUUACUUCUGUGUAGAGGAAUACACUCACCCAUAUGACUCCAAGGAUCUCGUCAAGCAUUCAACAAAGUUGCUCAUUCAAACUUUGGGGGAUAUUUCUGGGACAAUUGCAAAGAUUUACGUUAAAUUCCAAUCAAUCGUAUUUUUGACGCAAAAAAAGAGUGACAGAUGCUUUGAUCAUCUCCUAUCCACACUCUUGACAAAUUAUAAAAGUGGGAAGACUAAACUUGCAAGUGACAGUCAUGCCACAGCUUCAGACAGCGCAUUUACUCAUGAGCCUCCAUUGGGCACAUCCUCUAGUUCUUCCAAGAAACUAUUGGAAAACCUGGACAAAUUUAUUGACAAAUCGUACAAGAAUAUAUUCCUACUGACAAAGAGACUUGCAAGCUUGAUGUUGGAACUUAAACAGUGUCUAUCGCAGAGAUUGUGCCACCCGAAACUGGCAAACGGCUCCUUUCUACCACUUUGUGGAGGAAGUAGUGAAAUGGUUGCACUUACAACUUGUGUAAAUGAAUUAAGUCAGCACAUUCCAUUACUCAAUGAGCUCAGCCUCAGGUCUCUAUUCUCUUUUGGAAAAACGUCUUGUGGAUCUCUCUACGGAGUAGACAAGGAAGAAACGAAUCCCGCAAUUGUCCGUAUUAAUGCUGUAAACGAAUCUCUGAAAACGUCUCAGCCAAGACUAAAAUUUGAUAACCUAAAGAAUAAUUUGGAUCUCAUAAGGCAACAUGAAAAUACACUUGAAGAGUGGAAGGAAAAGGUGAAGGCUAUAGAUGAAGAAUUAUCAAUCGCAAAUAUAAAAUGUAAACAAUACGAAUCGGAACUAGAAGCUCUCAAGGACACACAAAAAAUUGAGACUGCAUGCACCAGAGCAUUUUCAAGAUUGGAAACGGUCUUGUCACAGCCAUGCAAGGAAUUAAGUGCGAGCGCUACUUCAACUCACCACGAUUCUGCGGGAGCGAAAAGUGAAGAAGAUGAAAAAAAACUACUCAUGCAUAUAAAACAUCUGAUAAAAUCUGUAAACAAUUUGGAGACGCACAACAAGCAACUAAAAAUGACUAUUGAGUUGAACAAACAAGAGUAUGAACGAGCAAGGGAAAAUGAAGAUUCUCUACAUCGCAAAUACAGUGAACAACUCUCAUAUAUGAACGAACACAUAUGCGAACUAAACAAUAACAUUUUGUCGAGUGAAUACAAAAUUGCAGAACUUACACAGGCAAAGGUUCAGUGCCCAUCUUGUGGAUUCAAUAACACACUUGGUAGGUUUUCAGAUGAAUUCCAUAUUAAACAAACAGGUUCCAUGGUUGGCUCCGGAAACAACAAGGGCAAAUGUUCGUCAUGCAAAGGAAUCGUCUUACACUCUACAAUUUAA